AUGGGUUCGAGGUUAUUUGAUGAAUUCCAAAAGAAAAAUACUGCCUUUAAGGUGGGCAAUAUCAAAACUUAUAAGAAAGAUGUGAAUCUAAAUGAUGAAAUCGUCAUUUCUAUUCCUUUGAAAAAUUCUACUAAUGGCAAGCCAUAAGAGCUGAAUGAGGACUUUAUCAAAGUUAUUGAAUAUGAGUAUGCUGUGCGUUACCUCGAGGCAAUGGGUAUUGAAGCAAAUUAGAAAAUGAUUCAAAACCUUCUUAAAAAUCAGCCUCUAAGCUCUUGUGAGCUUUCAUCAGGAUGGAACAAUUCUGGAGAGGAGUUUAAUCUGGCAUAGUAGUUGUAGCAAAGUCCCUCAGAUGGAUAAGGACUAAAUACAGUAAGAAACAAGGACAAGCCCAGUUUGCUAGCGCAAGGCUCAGGCUCUCUAUCAGAUGAAAAAUUUUUGAAAAGCAUGCUAGAGGACAAGAGGCCAGCUAACCAUCAUGGAGUAGAUAUAACGAAGAAACUCUAUGAUUAAAUUCCACAUUUCAAGAAAAAGUCUAAGCAGUAUGAAUUGGCAAAGGUCAAGGCAGAUUUAGCUGAACAAGCAGCAGAGGCUAAGAGAAAGGAUCUGAACAUGUCAGUGGAUUAAUGGAAAUAUAAAUUCCUAUAUCCGUUUGGCAAUAUCGCUCCUAUUAAUGAAGUCAGCAACAAAACUGCUAGAAGAAGUAGUGUAUUCAAUGAAAGUAUCGAGUCUGAUUUUAACAGCAAAGCUUUUAAUGAGCUAGUAUCUUAGAAGUACCUAUUUCCCAUAGAAAAGAUUCACAAGCCCGAAUGGUUAAAAGAGCUGUAAAACCCGAUAUCUGUAACGCCAGAAGAUAUCAUAAGAGACAUGUAUAAAUUUGUUAAGGAUUUUCCGAUUGAAGUUAUACCUCAUAUGACAGAGGAAGAACUAUAAGCAAGAAGUAAAGAACGUGAAGCUAAACCUAAAAACUUUGAUUAGCUUAUCAAUAUAUAAAAGCCGAUCAAUCUUAGAUAAUCUACUAAUAUGACUAAGGAUACAGAUUCUUAAUAAAAAAGUUAACUGGUUAAUAAGCAAGGCUCUUUACAUUUUGAUAAAUCAGUGUUGACAUGUCAUCACAUCUAAAAGACAUUUGAAGAGAUUCAUAAUGAUAGAACAGCAAGAUUGAUAGGUUUGAUAUCUCAUUUCGUUUACUGGGUGACAUUUGGUCACAUAAAUUAACUGCCACUGGACAACUAUCAUCUCAAAUAGCUGUUUAUUUCAAUUCUUUAGUGUGUCACCUAAUUAGAGAUGAAACAUGAUAAGAAGAGAAUUUUCGCUAACUUCGUCAUGCCUAUGGUCUUGCUUGCGAUCAGAAUAGAAAUCGAAGUCAUAUUCAAGAACAACUAUCCUAGUUUUAUGAGUGAGGAGGAAAACGACAAUCUAGCUAUGAGACUCAUCAAUGGAGCAAUCACUGAGGUGCUAGAUCCAAAAAUAUACUAUAGCAGAUUUUCAUUCUUAGAGUCAGGAAAAGAAGCAAUAGAUAUUAAAUCUAAGAUGUCUAAGAAGACCUCUCCGACUAGGAUUGACCCAUCUUCUUCUGGGCUAGCUAACCCUGGCAAUGCACCAGUUGCUCUUCCAAAUGUCAAGAAUAAAUAUUACACCAGAUCAACUCUUGUAAAAAAUUUGAUACCAUUUCCAAGCGAGGGCAAAGUAAGAGCUCUAUUUGGAGAGCAGCCAAACUUUACUCUACCUAAGAUUGGCGGAGGGGGACAUAGAAACAGCCGUACAACUGAGACUGUGUUUUAAGAAGCAAGCUAGAUGCUCAAUCAGCAAAACACUAGCUAAUCACCUCAAAGGCAUGCAAGUAUUGAUAGACAGUACAUGACAAUGAGUACUAGUGGUGGUCCAAACCCAGUUAACAUAUCAGAUUAGAGAAUUUUCCUGCAUCAAAGUGAUUCAAAGCAAAGGAAUCAUCAAAGUCCUCACUAUUAGAUGAGCUAAAGUCCAAUGAUUCAAAAGAAUCUUUAGAACAUUCAGAAGCCUCAAUUCCUUGGCAAUAGAAUGGCAAGCAACUUUGAAAUUCAGGAAGAUAUGUAAAAAGAAUCUAGACUUCUUGAUAUGAUUAACAAAGUGCAAAUGUUUUAGAUAGCAGGGGAUAAGAUCAAUAAACAGCUUAUUUAAAGAAAGCUAAGUCCAGUGUUUUAACUUAAGAUCUCAGAGAACCAAGAUAAAAACAGCAAAAAGAAUAUCGAUAGAAGCACAGACAAUAGUAGACUUGACAGGAAAGAUUGA